AUUCUUCCAGAUGUUUUCCAUAAAGUGGAAAUGCCCUCUCAGUACUGCUUGGCCUUGCUGGAACUAAAUGGAAUUGGCUUUAGUGCUGCAGAAUGUGAAAGUCAGAAACACAUCAUGCAAGCUAAGCUGGAUGCAAUUGAAACCCAGGCCUAUCAACUGGCUGGCCACAGUUUUUCUUUCACCAGUUCAGAUGACAUUGCUGAGGUUUUAUUUUUGGAAUUGAAGUUACCACCAAAUGGAGAGAUGAAAAACCAAUGCAGCAAGAAAACUUUGGGUUCUACUAGAAGAGGAAAUGACAAUGGACGCAAGCUAAGGCUGGGAAGACAGUUCAGCACUAGUAAGGAUAUUUUAAAUAAGUUAAAGGCAUUGCAUCCUUUACCAGGCUUGAUUUUAGAAUGGAGAAGAAUCACUAAUGCUGUUACCAAAGUGAUCUUUCCCCUGCAGCGGGAGAAACGUCUGAAUCCUUUUCUUGGAAUGGAAAGAAUCUAUCCUGUAUCACAAUCACACACUGCUACAGGGCGAAUAGCCUUUACAGAACCAAAUAUUCAGAAUGUGCCAAGAGAUUUUGAGAUCAAAAUGCCAACACUGGUAGGAGAAAGCCCACCUUCCCAACCCAUAGGCAAAGGCCUACUUCCUAUGGGCAGAGGACGAAAUAAGAAAGGUUGUAACCUGAACCCCGGGUACCAGGUACAGAUGGAGGAGAGAGCCUCAGACAGAGGAAUGCCAUUUUCGGUUAGCAUGCGACAUGCCUUUGUGCCUUUCCCAGGUGGUUUAAUAUUGGCUGCUGAUUACUCUCAGCUUGAAUUGAGGAUUUUGGCCCAUUUAUCCCAUGACUGUCGUCUCAUUCACGUAUUAAACACUGGAGCCGAUGUUUUCAGGAGCAUUGCGGCAGAAUGGAAGAUGAUUGAGCCAGAGUGUGUUGGGGAUGAUCUGAGGCAGCAAGCAAAGCAGAUUUGCUAUGGAAUCAUUUAUGGAAUGGGAGCUAAGUCUUUGGGAGAGCAGAUGGGCAUUAAAGAGAAUGAUGCUGCUUGCUAUAUUGAUUCCUUCAAAUCCAGGUACACAGGGAUUAGUCAUUUUAUGAGAGAGACAGUGAAGAACUGUAAAAAAGACGGGUUUGUUCAGACCAUUUUGGGAAGACGUAGAUAUUUGCCAGGAAUCAAAGACAACAACCCUUAUCAUAAAGCUCACGCUGAACGGCAGGCUAUCAACACAACAGUCCAAGGAUCAGCAGCUGAUAUUGUCAAAAUAGCCACAGUUAACAUUCAGAAGCAAUUAGAGACCUGCCACCCAAUCUUCAAGUCCCAUGGUCAUCGAGAAGGUAUACUCCAUAGUGACAGACUAGGUUUGUUGUCCAAGAGAAAGCUGCAGGGAAUGUUCUGCCCAAUGAGAGGAGGCUUCUUCAUCCUUCAGCUGCAUGAUGAGCUCUUAUACGAAGUGGCCGAGGAGGAUGCUGUGCAGGUGGCUCAGAUUGUCAAGAAUGAAAUGGAAAAUGCCAUGAAACUUUCUGUGAAACUGCAAGUGAAAGUGAAAAUUGGUGCUAGCUGGGGAGAGCUGAAGGACUUUGAUCGCUUCGGGUCCUUGUGUGUCUGGUUGAGCCUGAAGAAAAUGGAGCUGCUGGCCGGCGGCCUCUUCGGCUGUUGGGGUGAGACGCUGGUGGCCCACGGGAGCCUCGGGCAGAUGAGGACGCGGUUUCACUUACGCCCCACACUGGGAUUUUUCUCCUCUCCCAUAUUAACUUAA